GAGGCCCCUUCCAUUAUGAAGCAAUUACACCAAUAAACUCAAUUCUGUUUCCUUUAUCGCCACAUAGAACUUUGAACGCUAAGAAUGUCCAAGGGGAUUUAUCUUUCAUCUCCUGAACACUAUGAAAUACUGAUAGAGAAAUAUGACACUUGGAUGUUCGAUUGCGAUGGUGUACUUUGGCACGAUGACCAACUAAUAGAGGGUGCUGCCGAGGUUUUGAAGAUCCUUAGGACCCGAAAUAAGGCAAUCGUGUUCGUCACCAAUAAUGCAACCAAAUCUCGCAAGACCUACAAGCGCAAGUUCGAUGGUCUGGGAGUGGAGGCUUAUCUGGGCGAAAUAUUUGGAUCUGCGUACGCGUCUGCGGUCUACAUAUCAUCCGUGAUAAAACUGUCUAAAUCCAAAAAGGUCUACGUGAUUGGUAUGAUCGGUAUCGAGGAAGAAUUAGCAGAAGAAGGAAUAUCUUGCAUAGGCGGUACAGACCCUGCUGAUCGUACUGUCGAGCCCUUCUCCCUAUCCAACUUCACACUCGAUCCCGAAGUGGGGGCCGUAUUAUGUGGAUUCGAUCCCUUCAUCAACUAUACCAAGCUCUCUAAAGCGUUCCAGUAUCUUAGCCGUAAUCCUGGAUGCCAUUUCUUGGCCACUAAUACGGACAGCUCGUUCCCCGCUGACGGUGGGGUCUUACCUGGAGCAGGAGCAAUCAGUGCCCCCUUGCGGUUUGCAUUAGAUAAAGACCCGUUGGUUAUCGGUAAACCAUCUAUAACGAUGCUGGAUUGCAUCAAGGCAAAGAUUGACUUUGAUCCUAAACGUUCCAUCAUGGUUGGUGACCGUCUGAACACUGAUAUUCUGUUUGGUCAGGCCGGAGGGCUAUCAACACUUCUUGUGCUAACUGGUAUUACAUCAGAAAAGGACAUCACAGGUCCCAAUGCUUCAUCCAUUGUACCGGACUUUGUUACGCAGUCCCUUGGAGACCUGCGUGCGGCCGAACGAUCGUCACGAUGAACAUAUACCCAGUAAACCAUUUGCAGAUAUUACCAUCAGACGCCAACAUUUAGAGGAUAUAGAGGAACUCGAGCCAAAAUGAAAUCAUGUAUUAGACAUCGAUAUGGGAGAGAUAACGGUCGGAUAUGUGGGAAUAGGGGUAAAGGUUAUGAGACGACAUUCUUACUGUAUUUGAUCAUCAUUCGCCUCCACGGAAAUGUGUAGUAUCGCCAUGAGACAACCCUAUUCCGUGAAAAGGUUCUGACGUAUUGUCAACGACCGAACCAUAAUCUGUCGUUGUCGCCCUGAUAGCUAAUCAUAUUAAUUUACCACCAGUAUAGAGCCACCACCGUCUCUGGUAACACGUCGGCGUGUUUUCAUCAGUAUGUAUCGACGUCCGAGUUGGUUGAGUCUCGGAACCUGCAAAACCUCUCUGCCUUUCCCUGCAGCCUCGGCCGAAGACAUAUAAUAGGGCUCGUCGGGGAAAACACCAUAUCCAGAGGGUGCAAGGACUAUUGCUU